AUGUUUACAAAACUUUACUACUCUCGUCAAACUUCCAGCGAGAAUAAGGAGGAGGCUCUUGAUGUCACCAACACUUCCCACCAUCACUACAAAAACAGGAUAGUUUCAAACUGGAAAAAAUUUAAGCCAUGCGAGGUACUUUCUUUCAUAAGCUUUUCCUUCACCCAUUCGAACAAUGCACUUGCAACUAGCUACGAAUCACUUAAGCCACGUGCAAAAGGACGCAACAACUCCCAAACGCAUUGUUGGGCUUACAAUGUAAUGUUUGGAGUUAUUGCGUCCGUGUUGGCAGUGGUGUACUAUGCAAACGGAUGCAACCAAUCCCACCUUCAGUGCAUCUUGCAUACAACCCAUAUAAGACUUUGUUAACUUGAAUGCAAAAGCCAUCUUGGCGCGUGCGUGGCCCAACAAUGUUGGAAGAGUUGUGCAAAUCGAUCCAAUAUUGUCGCGCUACGCUUCGUCGAUGAAGGAACGAAACACCCCAAACAUUACAAGAACAGAAUAGUUUUAAACUGGGAACAAUUUGACCCAUCCGAGGUAAUUUGUUUAGGCUUUUCCCCCAAACAUUUGAAUAACACACUUGGAACUGCUUUUUUCUCAAACGCUCGCUAAAGUUGACUCGGCUGCAAGGAUGUACCUCUACACGGGACAGGUUUUCACCAUGUAAAAGAGGAAAUGUACAAAAACGCGUUCCGCACCACACGCGAAUCUCAAUUUUAUCAAGUUGAAUAACUAACUGAUUUGUUUGUGAUUUUAAAAGGCAAGAGUUGCUCUCUAUGAAGGCGGAAAUCUGAAAAAGGAGUUGAAAUUCAACGCUACAAAAUCAAACGCCAGCAAAUGGUUCUCUCGCUCGGCUCUGACUCAGAGCUCCUGGUUUGAUAUUCAGACUGAGCCUCAGAACUUCUUUUCCAUCCCUGGAGCUGACAAUGAGCUAACUAAGCGUCGCUUCUUUAUUAACCGGAAUUAUGGUGGAUGUCCUCAAGAUGCAGGAUGGAUGGUGAUAACUGAAACGCAUCACUGCUCUUGGGAGACGCAUUACAAGAAGACGAACGCCAUACUGUACAGCAAGCUUCCGGUUUUUACAAACUGGAACAAGAAAAGUGAGUAA